AACUGCAAGGGGCAAAAUGAAAUUAGCCCAAAAAACAAAUAUGUUGAAGUACAAACCUCGCAAAACCCUUGAAUCCCUCCCGCAGUCUUGAGUUCAACCUCACCAUCGUCGCCGUCGUCUCCUCGGCCUCGUCCUCCAUCUCAGAUCCUCUGCAAGGACUGAACAACUUGGCAUCUGAAAAUGGGUCGUGUUCGCACCAAAACUGUGAAGAAGUCCUCUCGCCAGGUCAUUGAGAGGUACUACUCCAAGAUGACCCUUGACUUUCACACCAACAAGAAGAUCCUUGAGGAGGUAGCCAUCAUUCCCUCGAAGCGUCUCCGGAACAAGAUUGCUGGCUUCUCAACCCACCUCAUGAAGAGGAUUCAGAAGGGCCCAGUCCGCGGGAUCUCCCUGAAGCUUCAGGAGGAGGAGCGUGAGCGUAGGAUGGACUUUGUCCCGGAUGAAUCUGCCAUCAAGACAGACGAGAUCAAGGUUGACAAGGAGACCCUCGAGAUGCUUGCUGCCCUUGGCAUGAAGGAUGCUAUUCCUGGGCUGCUUGAGGUCGAGCCACAGGCCGCACCAGCUCCAACUUUUGGGCGCAGGAACUUUAGGUACUGAGCCAGAUGCUUUUGCUCUCACAGUGCAAGGACUUUAGCUGCUAUCGAAGAACCUUUGUUUUCUUCCAGGUGCUCUUUUUUACGUCUAUAUCUAUGGAUGACAUGUAGACUGAUGUUUUAGAUUAUGGUUUAUCGGAGUUUGUUUACAUUGGAUUCUAUUGAUUCAAUGAAUCGUCAUAUGUUUUCCCUUCUA